AAUACUGUUGAGCUAUUCUUUGUGUCACCACAAACUUGCUUUUCAAAAUUCUAAUUUUAUCCUUUCUCAAAUCAAAUGUAAAUCGCAACUGAAUAAUUAAGAUGCCUCCCUCCCUCCCUCUCUCUCUCUGCAGUAAUUCCUACUGUUGGUAAUGCCUUCAAAUGAUUCUGAUUUUCUGUUCAAUGCCAAAUGCUUUAAAUUCCGGUUCGUGAACUCAAACACCACAGCAGCAAGGAUUAGUCCAAGCCACAAGAUGGAUCUAAGGAUGCGGCGAGGAGGCGAGGAGUCGGAAGACGAAGAGAGGUUCGAGGAGGAGGAGGAGUCGACAAGAAGACCGUUGUGGAAGAGGGCUUUAUCAUUGUUGAAAAACGAGUCGAGUUCGAGCUGGAGCGGGGUUGGGAGGGAUAUGGUUAGUGGAAGCACAGAACCUUCUCGUUCCCAUGGAUUCAUCAUUCAUCCUGAUGACUGGUGGUACGUGGUGUGGACGCAUUUCAUACUGAUAUGGGCAGUGUACUCUUCCUUCUUCACUCCCCUUGAAUUUGGUUUUUUCAGAGGUCUCCCUGAGAAUCUUUUCCUCUUAGACAUUGCCGGCCAACUCGCCUUUCUCCUCGACAUCAUCAUCCGCUUCUUCCUCGCCUAUCGCCACACUCACUCCUACCGCUUGGUUUCCGAUCGCCGCCUCAUUGCCCUCAGGUACUUAAAAUCCCGUUUCAUUGUUGAUUUCCUUGGAUGUUUGCCUUGGGAUGCCAUUUAUAAGGUUUGUGGAAGAAAAGAGGGUAUCAGAUACAUGCUGUGGAUUAGGCUAAGUCGGGCUUUACGAGUGACCGAAUUCUUCGAGAAGAUGGAGAAAGACAUUCGGAUCAAUUACCUUUUCAUCCGGAUUGUAAAGCUUCUUGUUGUUGAAUAUUAUUGCACUCAUGCAGCUGGUUGCAUCUUUUACUAUCUUGCUACAACGCUUCCUCCUUCCAAGGAAGGAUACACGUGGAUCGGAAGUUUGCAGAUGGGUGAAUAUCGUUAUUCCAAUUUCAGAGAGAUUGAUUUGUGGAAGCGUUAUAUAUUAUCUCUCUAUUUCUCCGUUGUAACCAUGGUAACCGUUGGCUAUGGAGACAUACAUGCCGUCAACGUCAGAGAAAUGAUAUUUGUGAUGAUUUAUGUUUCUUUUGACAUGAUUCUUGGUGCUUAUCUCAUUGGUAACAUGGCAGCAUUGAUAGUGAAAGGUUCAAAGACGGAGAGGUUUAGGGACAAAAUGGCCGACCUUAUCAAAUACAUGAACAGAAAUAAUCUUGACAAGCAAAUAAGGAGGGAGGUUAGGGGCCACCUAAAAUUAGCAUAUGAUCGCAGUUAUACCGAGGCAACUGCUCUUCAAGAUGUUCCAGCUUCUAUUCGCACCAAGAUCUCACAGAAAUUAUAUGAGCCAUUCAUCAAACAAAUUUUUCUGUUCAAGGGUUGCUCAACAGGAUUCAUUAAGCAAAUUGCAAUUAAAGUCCAUGAGGAGUUUUUCCUCCCCGGGGAAGUGAUCAUUGAACAGGGAAAUGUAGUGGACCAACUCUAUAUUGUUUGCCAUGGAAAACUGGUGGAAGUAGGGAGAGGCAAAAAUGAUGAAACUGGGAAUUCCUUCAUGGAUCUCCAAACCUAUAGCUCUUUUGGUGAAGUUUCUUUCCUUUGCAACACUCCUCAACCUUACACAAUCCGAGUUGGUGAGUUGUCUAGGGUUUUACGACUCGAUAAACGAUCAUUCAUGGAGAUGAUUGAGAUAUACUUUUGUGAUGGAAGAAUUAUCUUGAACAACCUCCUAGAGGGAAAAGAUGCCAAUAUGCAAAAUGAAAUACUGGAGUCGGACGUUACCCUCUAUAUCGGAAAGCUCGAAUCGGAGCUAGCUGCAAGGUUGAAUUGUGCUGCCUAUAACGGAGACUUAUACCGGUUGAAACGUCUUAUUGGAGCUGGAGCUGAUCCGAAUAGGACAGACUAUGAUGGAAGAUCACCCUUGCAUAUUGCUGCAUCCAGAGGAUAUGAAGACAUUACUGGUUUUCUUAUUGAACAAAAAGUGGAGAUUAACAUAUCGGAUAAGUUUGGGAACACUCCCUUACUUGAAGCCACCAAGCAUGGGCAUGACAGAGUUACUUGUUUACUUGUGCAAGCUGGAGCAUUACUAGCAAUGGACGAUGAAGGUUGUUUUCUCUGUAUGACGGUUGCAAGAAGGGAUUUGGAUCUCCUAAACCGCGUUUUGGCUGCCGGCAUUAAUCCAAAUGCCAAGAGUUAUGACUGCCGUACACCGCUUCAUGUUGCUGCCUCGGAAGGGCUGUAUUUUAUGGCCAAAUCACUUGUAGAAGCAGGCGCUAGCGUUUUCUCAAAAGACAGAUGGGGGAAUACUCCAAUUGAUGAAGCCCGCAUAGGUGGAAAUACGAAUUUGAUUGGAUUGCUUGAAGCUGCAAGAACCUCUCAAAUGGCCGAGUUCUUGGAUUGUCCGCAACAAAUUCGAGGUGAGAUGUGGAAGAAAAAAUGCACAGUAUUCCCAUUUGAUCCAAGGCAUGAAAAGGGCGAGAAAAGACGGGGAGUGGUGCUAUGGGUGCCGCAGAGCAUGGAUGAACUAAUCAAGGAAGCUAAGGAGCAUUUUGAAUGUGAUAAUGAUGGUUAUUGGUGCAUUUUGUCCCAGGAUGCUGCUCAAAUUCUUGAUACCAAUAUGAUUAGCAAUGAUCAAAUGCUCUAUUUGGUUUAUGAACCAAUUCCCAUUUAA